AUUGUUUUCAAACAUGUCCUGCUUUGGUUGCAGUAAAACCUAUGGCCUUUUCACCAAAGAAUAUGGUUGUCCGAAUUGUGGUUACUCCUAUUGUGCCAAGUGUCUUAAACGACCAGUGGCUGUUCCCAAACACAAUGACAAAGUAAUGAAUGUCUGUCUGAUAUGUUAUGAUAAACUGUCCAAACUACAAGCUGCCGAAAAGGUUAUCGAUGUUGAAUCUUUACCCGGCACCAUUGUGACAAAAACCAAUCGUGGGAAGGCGAAAGAAAACAAUCUAAAUACCGAUAUUAAUAAAUUACUCGAAGUGGAACCAUCAGCAGCUUUAACGGGUGAAGUUUUGGCUCCCAUAACACCUACACCGCAAAUGACAUCGUCUACACAUUCCAGUGGUGAAAACUCCGAUAUAACGGAAAAUCUCGAUUCGGCAAUAUUGCAACGACUGAAAAAUUUAAAAACUAAUGGUAACGGCAACAAUCAACAGCUACCAUCUGAUGAUGAGAUACGUUCAAGAUUGGCAAAUUUAAAUGGUAUACCCUAUAAGGAUUAUUCGAAAAAAGAUUUAUUAUUGAAUGUGGAUCAACGUUCGGACCAAGAAAAAAUGAAUGAUUUAUUAAAACAAUUUAUGGGUGAAGCUCAACUGGAUAGACGUAUUGAUGCCGAGCGAAAUGAUGCAAUAUCGGAUAUUGAAAGAAGAUUACGAGCAUUGCGUGAUACGCCAGUAGAUGGUGCUGCGGCGGCAAGUGGGCCAACAAGACUUGUAGGUGAUAUAUCGCCGGAUACGAAUACACCGAGUGAUAAUGAACUUGACGAUGAAGCAAUAUUAAAGGAUAUUAUGCAGAAGUAUUUGGCUGAAGCCCGUCUACCCGAAGCUCCGACAACAAUAGAAUCGGAAUUGGCAGCUAGUGUUCCACCGCCGCCAGCAGGCACUGAAACCGAAGAAUUACCCUGGUGCAAUAUAUGCAAUGAAGAUGCUGUAAUCCGUUGUCUAGGCUGUGAAGGUGAACUGUUUUGUGCCACCUGUUUCCGUGAAUGUCACGACGAUGAUGAAGAAUAUCGUACACAUGCCAAGGAACCCUAUAGUGCACCGCCCAAAUUUAAAGAAGAUCAUUUCUAGGACCAGCUUUGUUUGUUAUUUGUUUUAUUUAUAUUCUAAUAGACAUAUUUUGAUAUUAUAUAUUU